AUGUUCGUUGGCAGCAACAAGCACAUGUACGAUUUGGCAAAGCAGUUCAACCUGACGCUCUGUAGCCACCCAUGCACAUUUGGUGCCGACAACAAGGCAAAUGUGCUGCAGAGCAAGCUGUCAGGGCUCGGCGAGUACGGGAUCUGGGAUGUUGCAAAGGGUGUGUGGCAGGUGAAGCGCGAUGGAUGGUUCUGGGUAGGACGCUUUGAAGAUGCUCUGGCGUACUAUGUGAGCGCAGGCGAGCGCGUGCGCCGCAGAUUCCUGGACGAGGUGGUGACGCUGGCAACCCGGGUCAACUACAUGCAGGACAUUGACACAAUCAACCUAUUGAGCGCACAUGUUUCCAUGGCGCCCACGUCAGAGGACGUCUACUCGGUUGCGGGCGGGAACUGGCAGGUGUUUGACAGGAUGGUCCGGGAGUCCCGGGCUACGCUGAAUUUCAACACCACGGUCACAGCAGUGCAGAGAGAGGGCGGCAAAUACACGCUGGUGCUCGGCAGCAACCAGACAACCGCGGCGUUUGACUCGGUGAUCAUUGCAGCGCCGCUGUCGGUAUCGGGGCUGGACGUGCUGGGGCAGAAGGAUGUGCCAGUAAAGCGUCUUGCGCCCCGGGCGCCAUUCAACUGCCUCUCGAUCCUGGCAUGCCUGGACGACGCGCUGGCGUGUCAUCAAGGGACGGUCUUGGUGAAGAUAUUCUCGCAUGAGCCGGUGGACCUUGACGCGGCGUUUGAGCGCGUCGAGUGGCAGAGGGAGCAGAGGUGGCACUCGUAUCCGCAGCUGAUUCCGCGCAACGCACGGUAUGUGCAGGAAAAUGGCGAUCAUGCGUACCGGUCGGACCGCCCUGGAAUGCCCCCGAUUGUCAUGGACGAGCGUGCGGGCGGCGGCGUGUACUAUGUCAAUGGCAUGGAGUCGCUGUUCAGCACAAUGGAGUCGCAGACGGUCGCAGCGCGGCACGUUGUCCAGCUGGUGGUGCUGGGCAAAGGAGGAUUUGACUCGGUUCGCACGGCCGGGGCGGAUGAGCCGGCUUGA